AUGGCGGACGGAAAACCAUGGUUCUACACGAUACGAAAACACAGAAAGAAAUCAAUUGCUGCUGCCCUGUUUGCAGGAUGGUUGAUGAGUUACGGAGCUAAUAAGUACAGGCAAGAUUUUAUCGGCUUAAAAUUAAGAUAGAACAGAAUCAAUUUCUUUGUACAUGUGUCAUUUAAUUGGAGAUCGUGAAAUCCUUGGCCUGCGCAAAAACGAAGGAUUUUCCAGAUAUUUUGCAGGAUUCUUUAUGUCCUUUGUUAUUUUACUGUUGUUUUGUUGCUUGGACUUUGGCAUGUUUGAAAUUCGACAAACAAUGGGCCCUUUAGAAUGAUAUGCAUCUUAUUUCUCCUUACGAUAUCUUUUUUGAAUAAGGGAAAUUAUCACCAUCUGAAGAAGCUCUUGAUUGUUGAAUAAAUUCUCUUUGUGAGCACCACAGGAAAUGUAAAGACAGUAUGGAGAAUAUGGAUACUGAUGUUAGGGUGUGAAAGGUUAAUGCUGUAAGACAGACACUUCUCAGUAUUGAGAGUAACUAUGAAGAUCAAGCACCUGAGUAUUACUAUUUUUGGAGAGGAAAGAGAGCUAAUUUUUUAAACUUAAUUUUCUUUUGGCAGAGAGUACAUGAUAAGAAGAGAACUAUGCCAUGAAGCAAAAGUAAGUAAUGUCUUCAGAUUUUGUUCGUUGAUGAAAAUUGGAGGACAUUGGUUUUCCAGACCCUCUUAAGACUGUCUGUAUCACAGGGUGGAAAAAUGACAAAAUCAACUUUCAAUAAUCAUUAAAUAUUGUAAGAAAUUGUUUGAUUAUGUCUUCAGAGUUUUUUUUGUUGAUGAAAAUGGGAGAGCAUUGAUUGGUUUUCCAAACCCUUUAGAGGCUCUCUGUAUCUUAGGGGUGGGAAAAUAACAAAAUAAAUUGUCAAAAUUCAUUUAGUCUCAGUAAAAAUUGUUUAAUGGGUAUAUCAAUGGUUUUCAGAUAUUUCUUUUUAGUAAUUGCCCAUGUUGGGUAGCACUAUGAUAGCAAAUUAUCAUGGAUCCAAGUUAUAUCACCCUCUCACCAGGAAGUCAUUAUUUUCAAGAAAACUAUUCACUGGAAAAUGUUAUCAACUUGUUGUGUUUUCUUCUUUUUCAACAGGCUUUUGGUGACAAAACAUUGCCAUCAUUAAGAAAACCCAGAAGAUUGACCUUGGUUUUCAAUCCAGCAUCUGGCAGGUAUUAGCCUGCAGUGCAGGUGUCUUAUUAACAAAAGUUAACAUUAAGAAGUGAGGAAUUGUUCAUUCAAUCAGCCAUGUUUGAUUUUGAAUCAGAGUCAACAGUGGGGGAGGGGCACACCCCCUUUCACUGUCAUUAAAAUCAAAGAUGGUGGCCAUAAUCCUCGCUUAAUAAACACUGAGCACUGGCUUGUCAAAAUUACCCCUGCUCUGCAGGCUAGGGAGGUAUUUCGUUGCACAUCUUAAGUGUACACAAUAAAGUAGCAUGAGGUAACAGGUGCUAGGCUUCAUUUCUAUAAGAAAUACAUAGAGAUACUUAUAUCAUUUAUUUGGAAGGGUCAUGUUGAAAAAGGCAGCACCAGAUUGUUAUGGACCUUUACAAUGAUGAUACUAACUAGCGAUAAAAGCUUGCUAAAAAAUUGUUAAGAAAAAUACUGGGACAUAAAAUUUGAGUUUACAUGCAAUUGAAAUAUUGAUUUAAAUAAAUACAAAGUUGUCGAUGUCUUUGUUCAAAUUGGUACAAGUUUCUUUGGAGAUACUAAUUUGAUUGGCUUCUUUUCCUCUUUUCAAAGCUUUAUUGAACUAAUCUUUACUCACCAAAUUUUGAGUAUUACUAUUUUAAAGGUCAUUCCAAGCAAUAGAAUUUCUAAAAAAAUCAAGAUUGUCUACAUAAUUCAAUAUUUGUUUGUCUCAUGUUCAGUAAGUUACCUCUCCUACUAGAUUUACAUGUUUCAAAAUGAGAAAUCAAAAUUGUUGCCUGUAAAGUAUAAUGAUGUAACAUAUUAGUUUAUGCAAGCUAUCUGGAAAAGAUACGUUGAUUGUACAUAUCAAUGUGCUUUGUCUUCUAACGCUACACAUUCCAAUAGAAUAUGACUGUUUCCCUUUAGCGGUAGUGCAGAGACUUUGUUGAAGAAAAAUGCAGAACCAAUUCUUCAUAUAGCAGGGCUUGAUGUUACCAUUGUCAAGGUAAUUGAUUUCUCACUCAUUUUAACCUCUUACACCUUACAAAACAAAAAAUUAGUUUGCAUAUUCUCCAUACUGUUCCUUACACAUUCUCUUAGAUGCUGACAAGGAGAAUUUGUUUACCUGCAGUAGUAACAAAGUGUAUUCAUUUGUACAAUUAUAAGAUUCUGAUCCUUAAGAAAGAGGUCGAUUUUUAUACUAUUCAUGGUUUUUGUUCUCAGACAGAUUACGAAGGACAAAUUAAAACCCUGAUGCAGUACAUUGAUCCAAAAACAGAUGGUAUUAUUGUUGCUGGAGGAGAUGGCACACUACUUGAGGUCAGCUAAUCAACUUACUGAUACCUUUUUUAUUCUACCAACAUAAAACAUUGGAUACCCAGUGUACAGAGACACAGGGAGACUAGGUGACCUAACAGUUGGUGUUCUGGACUCCAAGUCGAGAGGUCCAGGUUUGGAUGGGCCACUUUGCUUGAGUGUAGAUGUAAUCUACUGAACAAAAGCAGAAGAAUGCCUAAUCACAGGUUACUUUUGAGAAAGAUAUAUUUAUUAGAAAAAGAGGUUUUAAUGAGAAUGUAACAUACAUCAUUCAAUGAAAAAUUGUUUCUGCCCAACAAUUUCUUGCUUGUUUAUUUCUCAAGGUUGUGACUGGACUGCUCAGAAGAAGUGAUCAGGUUGGUUGUUGUCAAACAGUGGAAUAUAAAUCAUGAUAUUUCAAUUUUUAUGUUGGUAAAACUUUAAAUUGUACUCAUUUAUAGGUGUGUUAUUUCUAGGAAGAAAUUUCCAAGAUUCCUAUCGGAGUGAUUCCUCUUGGAGCACAUAAUUCUCUCUGUAACAGGAUAUUUGCAAACAAAGAUGCUACAGAAGCCAGGUAAGGAACUGUUAGCAGUUACACCCAAUUUGUGUGCAGUUAUUGUUGUUGUUAUUGUUGUUGUUGUCCUGUGCUUGUUAUUAUAUUAAUUAUAUUUGAGCAUGAAACAUUCAACCCUUUGAAAACUCAUAAGAUUCCAUUCAUAACUCUCUUCUCUAGGUACUGUGUUUUUUUUAAAUUUAGCAAGGAGAAUUUGAUGUACAAUCAAAUUUAUGAUGGUGUGAGUGAUAAGUUUUCCAACAGGGUUUGUAAAAUUCUUGAAUUUUAUUUUGAUAUUAAGGUUAAAUUUGGAGUCAUGGAGAAAAUUGAUCUGAGUCCUGGAAAAGUCCUUGAAGUUUGUUUCUGAAAUAGGGUACAAACCAUGUGUCUAUACUUGUUAACUUUUGGUAUGAUAGCCUGUUCCAGACAUCCAGAAUGUAAAUGAGGCACAAUUAGUAAUAAUAAAUAUUGCAAUAGUGGCAGAGGAGCAAAAAUUUAACAGAGGUUUUGGUCUGGUUGUGUAGUGGACCUGAGCUAAACCUAUCAUGCUUUUUCACUCCACUACUUCUAUUGUGCUGUUUUCUAUUUUGCUCUGUUUUACCAACUGAUUGCUUGGAAUGGGCUUUUACCAAGACAAUUUAUUUAUAUUGAACAUUAAAAAUUCCAUUUUUUUACAGGAGGAUUGGAAAUGCGACAUUGGCGAUUGUGAAGGGAUACAUUAAACCAGUAGAUGUCAUGGAAAUUAAGGUUGAGUUAUGAUAAAAAUUUUGUAUAUUCUUGUUGACAUUAUCGAAAAGUGAUUAUUAUAACAAUACUGUUGUGUUUGUGCUCCUGUUAAGGGUGAUGAAGGUCGUUGCACAUUUGCUAUGUCCAAGCUUCAUUGGGGUGCUUUUAGAGAUGCCAAUGAAAAGGAAGAUAAGUGAGUUGUUUCAGGAUAUUCAUGACAGUUUCUUUUGAGUAUGUUUUUCUGUUAUUGUAUACUUGAGUGUUGGUGCCUUUCACGGCAUUUAUGAAUAACAAAAAUUGACUUUAUUCCUUGUUUGAUAAGGAUGGGUAUCUGUGAUCAGGUGUUCUUUGGGCAGGACAUGAAAUAAUAGCAAUGCUAUGCAAAUGCAAUGCUCCUAUGCUCCUAUACUAUGCUCCUGCCCAAAAAAAAGGGCCAAAUUACAGGUGUUAUAAAGCAGUUUUUUUUAUGUGUGAUCAGUCUCUUUUCAAUUAUUUGAGGAAGAUUUUGGAUCGUGGGCCCAUUCAGAAGAAAACUUUCCUAUCUUGUGGCAGCUGUGAAGGUAUGUUCAGUCUGUUUCUCCCCAUUUUUCUAACGUUUGCUUCUAACUGAGACAGGAGAGUAAUUUUUUUUGCCUUAACCAUGUAACUUACAAAGGAGAUUAACUUGUAACUUCUGCAAAUUUCAAAAUGAAAUUCUCCAGCACACAUGUGGUUUUUUCUUGAUGUAACAAUUAAAUCCCUUUAACCCUCUAAGUCCCAAGAUCUGAUGGCUUGCACCAUCACUGCUCCCCCCAAACUUAGGAAUUUGAGGGUGAGAAUUUCAUUUUAUGUGUUUUUUAAAGUUUCUUUUUUUCAUGCAGGACUGGCCCCCUUUCAUUGAUACAAUACUAUCAUACCCAACAACGUCAACAGAGGUUUCAUCAGACUCACAGCAAGGGGUUAUGCCCCAUGGUUUUGCAACUGCCAAUGGUGAGAGCCUCAACCAGGCACCACAAAGGUGUCUUGAUGAUGAAAAAAGCUGUGACACCAUCAGUGAUGGAUGGAUUACCAGUCCCAUCCAAACAUUUGGCUUGUCUGUGGAGCCAUUCAGGACAGAAGAUUACUUGGUAGGCGACAUUCUUGGAAUACCUUGAUGAUAUUAUACUCAAGAGGAAAAUGCAAACCAUUACCUAAGUCUGUUAGUAUUGUUAAGUUGUGUGAGCUAUAAUUAUAAUAUUAACAUUUUCAUUUGUGGGUCAAUUUUGCAGAAAACCGAUGGUUUCCUCAGAGUAGAUGUCUGGCCAUCAGAUCUCAGUAAGACUGAGUUUAUUCAGAGUGGGUAGGUUAUAUAAUAAAAUUUUAAUGUUUUGAACCCUUUAUAACUCCCAGAAGUGAUUAACAUGUAAUUUCUCCCUAUAAUAUCCAUGUUAUCUGGAAAACAGGUUACGUGAAUGCUCAAACUUAUUGGGUAGAAGUUGUUAUCUUGAUUGAACACCAAACUCUUUUAACUGAUUUACAAGGAAAAGUGUACUCGAUGGAGGGGAGAAUUAACAUUCAGAUCUUGGGAGUUAAAGGGUUAACAGCUCAAUGUGUAACCAAGUCUCAGUUGGUUUUAGCUUGGGAUCUGAUUGGUGAAAAGAGUGGGAUAAGUUUUUCCAACAAAUCACACAGAGAACUCAAUGAAUUUAAAUUGACCAUCCUAGAAUUCCUCAGACACUCAACAUAAAAUUGCUACAAAAAAAUUAAUUGGUUACCAGGUAUAAAAAUCACACACCAUUUGAUUAAAUUGAGUAUCGAGAGAUUGUCUCUUGACCAGGACAUUUUUUCUUUCAAUCUGAUAGGUGGAAGAUGGAAAAAGAGGAAAAACAACACAAGUUCCAGAUGGCUGAGUCACCAAGUAAUAGUCUAUGUGAAGUUAUCAGUAAUUAAUACAUUUACCAUGUAAUGAUGAAAAUGAUUAGCUAUUUAAUACAUAAAGAAUAAAAUAAAUGGUUUCACUUAGAUGUGGCGUUCUCUUUGAGUUUAAAACUCAAUAUCUCCUGAGUGGCAGGAAAGGCAAGUGAUGUGUCAGCAGCUGAUUGGUGAUAUCAAACACACUGGAAAAAAUAUCAUAAUUUUCAUGUGUGCUGUUACAGCUUUUCUCAGGGCUGGAAAUCCUUAUAAAACACUGCAGUUUAUAUUAGAUAUAUUGUUAUGUUACUUCUGAUCUCAAAAAUUUUCUAUUUCAGGAUGCAAAUCCCUGAAGUUAAAACAGCUAAAACUGGAGCCAAAGGAUGAAAAGGUACAUAUAGUUUCACUUUCAGAUGGUGUUGACCACUUGUCUGUGAAAUAAUCCAUUGACCGGGCAACUCUUUUGGCUGACGUGAGCUAUCUAAUGUUUCCUUCAUUAUUCGUAGCUGUCAUGGUUUUCAAUUGAUGGGGAGCCAUUUGAAGCAAGAGCAAUAACAAUAACACUUCUUCCAAACAAGCUUCAAGUCUUCUUCAAUCCACACAAAAUUCUUGAAAGUUGAGCUGUUGUGUUCGUAACAGAUGUGUUUAGUGAAGAAGACAUUAGAUCACUGAAUGGUCAAGACUGAAUGCUUUCCUGUUGUCAAAUUUUAUUGUUAAUAAAUAAA